GCGCGCUCUUCAAAAACACACAGGAGAAGCGCGCGAGGACGGAGCAGCUGAAGCGCCAGUUUCGUAGAUUUUCUUAUUUUUUCGCUGCCUUAAUUUCGACAUUUAUCAUUUUAUGUAGGCUAGAAGAAGCCUGUUCGGUAAACUUUGAACAUGAUAACUUCAACCAGGAAGCGAAGGCUGUCCUCCAUGGACUCUGAAAGCCACCCAACCAAGGAGGGCAUGAAGGAGAAAAUGUCUCCGGUGAAGAGGAGAAAGCAGCCAACAGAGCGGCUGCUUUCACCAACCGGGUCGCAGGAUGGCGGACAGGAGUCGCCACGUAAGCCAGCAGGCUGUCCGCGCAGAUCGUUCCGUAAUUCCCCAGCGAAGCCUUCGGUGGUGACGAGUUCCUUCUACGGCAAGCAGAAGAGCGUUUAUCUCACCCCGCUUGAGAGGAAGGCAGUGAAGGAAUCUCUUCCUUCCCGUCUGUCUGCCUUGCCUUCUCCUCCUCAAGCUGCCAAGAAAACAGACGAGAAAAUGAAGAAAGCUGCAAAAAGAGGCAACAAACCCAGAAAAUCAUCAGUGGGAUCCAAUAAGAGAGCGAAGAAGGAAACCAGAAGUUCUCAAUCACCUGUAAAGAAAAUUCAGCUGACCAGAUGCAACACAAGCAGUGCUGCAGCUAAUCCGACAUCCAGCAGCAGCAGCAGCGUACCUCCAAACAACAAACCGGCAGAGGCGAAGAAGGCGAUCACCAUUUCUUUUGGCAGCCUGAAACCGAAGCCGAAGAUCUUUGUCGGAGCCGCUUUCUUUGGUACAGGAAAGAAGCCGACGUCCAUGUACAAAAAGUCAGCUCCAAGGUCGUCGACCAGGCCCGCUCCAGUCCAAACUAAGAGCCGCCCUGAACCGCAGCAGAACAAGGAGAUGCCAAUGCAGCAGGAUGAAAAGGUCGUCCAACAACAGCAAGAACCAGAAAAGCAAAUAAAUGUGGAGGAGAACCAAGACAGAACCAAGCAGAGGACAAAGUUUGAUCCAACUGACUGGAUUGACGUCGUCGAUGAGGAGGAAAAAACUCCCCGUCCAUCAAGUUCCCCCAAAUUGUUGGUGGAAACUCAUGGAAUUACAAAACGGCUGAAGAUUGUUCUUUCCAGAACUCCAAGUCCAAAAUCUGCAACAUCGUCCAUCAGCAGUCUGGAUGACUUGAUGGCAGAUGGAGGCUCUGAGCCGACCUUUGACCAAGGCGACAUAAACCCCACCAAAGCGUCCUCCAAAGCUUCUGGAGCCAUGUACCCCAUAUUUGAUUCUUCGUCAAAAAGGUUGAGUGCAGCUCUGCGUUCCCCGGUGUCCUGCAGCACGCCGUCCGCCUCCUCAGGAGCUUCACUGCAGCCGCCAUCAUCCGCAGCUAAAGAGCGACAAACUCGCAGGAAGAAGGAGAAGCUGGACAGCGACCAGCUCAUCAUCGAUGCUGGACAGAAGCAGUUUGGAGCAACGACCUGCAGCUCCUGUGGGAUGGUUUACAGCGCUGACAAUCCAGAGGACAAUUUCCAGCAUACCCAGUUCCACCAGCGGUUCCUGGACUCCAUCAAAUACGUGGGUUGGAAGAAGGAGCGGGUGGUGGCCGAGUUCUGGGACGGUAAAAUCAUCCUGGUUUUACCCGACGAUCCAAAAUAUGCAGUGAAAAAGGCUGAAGAAGUGCGUCGCAUAGCGGACAACGAGUUGGGGUUCCAGCAAGUGACUCUAAGCCGACCAACUCAGGCUAAAACCUUCCUGUUCAUCAACACAGACAGACUGGUGGUGGGAUGCCUGGUGGCUGAACCCAUAAGACAGGCCUACAGGGUUCUGGAACAGCCAGAUCAAAACAAGGACAUGACGAAGGACGACUUCAUGGAUCGCCACAGAGCCUGGUGCUGCUCCACCGUCCCGGAACAAGCGCUGUGUGGCAUCAGCCGGAUCUGGGUCUUCAGCCUGGCGAGGCGGCAGGCCAUCGCAACCCGUAUGCUGGACACAGUGAGGAGCAUAUUCAUGUUUGGGAGUUACCUGACCAAGGAGGAAAUCGCCUUUUCUGAUCCGACACCCGACGGGAAGUUGUUUGCCACUAAAUACUGCAACACGCCGACCUUCCUUAUUUACAACUUCGUCGCAUGAAGAGUCUGGAGUUUAUCACUCUUUAAAAGAUUCUGCUGAAUGUUUUUAUAUGCAAAGCUGUUCUAUGUUUAAGGCUUUAGCUUUGUGUGUAAAGAAGUUAAUCAGGUAGAGAACUGUGUUUUUUGAAAGUUCAGAUUAAUUUUAUUUAUAUUCCAGCCUGCUUUACUGAAUGUUUUGUUCGUUCAUUCAGCUUUCAGGCAAUUUCAGUGAGUUCAGCUUACUGACAUUUAAGUUUAUGAAAAAUGUUCAACAUAAAAUUUCUCUUCUUGGUUUCAGUUGAAAGUAUUCUGUGCACUUUGAAGAUGAAAUGUUUCAGAAAUAUCGAUGCCAUCACUGUUCAAGGACAUUUCUUUGUACAUUUAAUAAACUACUUCCUUUUAAAAUGCAAAA